UGGCGUCACUUUUCUCGAACGGCAACGCAACUAGGUGGCCCCAGUCAGUCAUUCAGUCGGCUAGAACCAUGGCGUCUGGCAGUACAGGGGGCAGGGUGUCCUGCGGGAGAGAUUUGAAUUGUGUGCCGGAGGUUUCCGACACGUUAGCGGUGGUCGCCAAACUCGGGUUCGACUUCCUGUGCAUGCCCCUGUUCCACUCGAGGUUCAGGAGAGAGUUCGAGUUGGGACCCGCGAAGUCCCGAGCCGGUGCUCAGACCCGGUCCGACCUGCUGCUGUGUGGAAGAGAUUGGAAUACUCUCAUUGUUGGGAAGCUCUCUCAAUGGAUCGACGCAGAUUCAGAAAUCAAGACGGAACGCAGAAACUCGGAGGCGGCUCUGGCGCAGGAGCUAAACUUCUCAGCCUAUCUGGGUCUGCCUGUGCUCAUGAUUCCUCUGAAGGGCCCUCAUAAUGCCAAUCUAGCCCGUGUGCUCCUGAACCACAUCCAAACUGGACACCACACCUCCAAUUUCUGGAUUCGUGUCCCGCUGAUGGCGUCUGAAGACAUGCGGGAAGAUCUGAUUGAGAACGAACCGACCACUUGCACCGAUGACACAAGCGUGGAUGAGAAGACCUGGAGCUGGUGGCACUCCCUCAGAACCCUUUGUGAUUACAACAAGAGGAUCUGUCUCGCCAUUGAAGUUGCAGCAGACAUGCCGUCAGAUGCCGUCAUAGAUAAAUGGCUCGGGGAACCCAUCAAAGCUGCCAUACUUCCCACCAGCAUCUUCUUAACUAACAAGAAGGGCUUCCCCGUUCUGUCAAAAGCCCACCAGCGAAUAAUCUUCCGUCUUUUCAAGUUGGAGGCCCAGUUCAUCUUCACAGGCACCAGUCGGCACACUGACAAGGACUUCCGAUCCUACCUGCAGUACCUGGAAUACCUCAACCAGAACCGGCCCGCACCCAACGCGUAUGAGCUCUUUGCCAAGGGCUACGAAGACUACCUACAGUCUCCCCUCCAGCCCCUCAUGGACAACCUGGAGUCUCAGACAUAUGAAGUGUUUGAGAAGGAUCCUAUUAAAUAUUCACAGUACCAACAAGCUGUGUAUAAAUGUCUUCUUGACAGAGUUCCAGAGGAUGAGAAAGACACAAAUGUCCAGGUGCUGAUGGUUUUGGGAGCGGGGAGGGGUCCCCUGGUCAACGCGUCGCUGCGUGCUGCCAGACAGGCGGACAGGAAGCUGAAGAUAUACGCUGUGGAGAAAAAUCCCAAUGCUGUUAUCACGCUGGAGAAUUGGCGCUUUGAGGAGUGGGGUGAACAGGUGACCGUGGUGUCGUGUGACAUGCGGGAGUGGGCAGCACCUGAGAAAGCCGACAUCAUUGUCAGCGAGCUGCUUGGAUCAUUCGGUGACAAUGAGCUCUCUCCUGAAUGCUUAGAUGGAGCGCAGCACUUCCUCAAAGAUGACGGAGUCAGCAUCCCCUCUUCCUACACGUCCUUCCUGGCUCCUCUGUCCUCCUCCAAGCUGUACAACGAAGUACGGAACUGCCGGGAACGUGACAAGGACCCAGAGUGCCACUUUGAAACGCCCUACGUUGUUCGCCUCCACAACUUUCACCAGUUGGCUGAACCCAAAGCGUGCUUCACCUUCAAACACCCCACAACAGACAUGAACAAUAACCGGUAUCAGUGCCUCAGAUUCUCAGUGGGUUGUAACACGGUGCUCCACGGCUUUGCCGGCUACUUUGAAACCACGCUGUACAAAGAUGUCACACUCAGUAUAAAACCAGAGACACAUUCACCUGGAAUGUUCUCCUGGUUCCCCAUCCUCUUCCCCCUCAAACAACCCAUCUCCAUAGCCCGGGAUGAUGACGUUACAGUGAGAUUCUGGCGCUGCAACAAUGGGAAGAAGGUGUGGUACGAAUGGGCCGUGACCGAGCCCUCCUGCUCCGCCAUCCACAACCCAGCAGGACGCUCCUACACCAUCGGCCUGUGAACACAACACAUGAGCAGCACACUCCCAGUCAUACACUCACAUGUGUUUCAGUAAGACUGUAAGUUGGGUGACCUGGUUCUUAUUAUACACACACACACACACACACACACACAUACACACACACACACACACACACACACACACAGUUAAAACCUUGACUUGAGGUGAGAGCCUGUAACCAAUUCGUCCUAGGUUUAAAUGACCAAUGUAGCACUUUUGAGCCAGCGAUGAAAUUUAAUGAUAAACCAUAUUUUUCUGUCUGCUCUCAGAAUUUGCUGUAGACAUCUUUAGCAAGCACAGACUAUCACCUGUACACCAAGUAGUUGUUUUUGUUGUGAGAUUGGCUCAUUCAGCUAAGGUAUGACACCUCACCUGUGGUGUGUCAUGCUUUGUGUUUUUUAUGGUCCCCCCUCCCCUCCUACCAUUCUGAGCAGUUCGAUAAAGACAUACACACUCAAUCCAUCCGAACCUUUGCCUUAUCAAACACAUUCCACACUGAUCCUUAAAUAAUGACAAAAAAAACCACCCUUGUCCUCAACAGCAGGGUCAGACGAAGGUUAUGCUAUUCAGGUCACAUACCACGUUGUCUCUUCAUACCUUUUGUUAUUUCUUUAUGUUUGAAACACAUCAAUAAAGACAUUACUGUAAUAUUCUCCA